AAAAUCUUCAAAGACAGUCCCUCAGAGCCCUCUCUUCUCUCUUCUUCUUCAAUUCCUCCAAGAAUGCGGUGAAGGGUGAAGGAGAUGGUUGGACGAAAUGGGGCGGCGGCGGCGUGAUUGAGGGGAGUGUUUUUCCUGUGAAAGAUGUGUGUUUUGUUUCAAUGAGGAGAGUGUGGAAUGGCUUCGACGGGGCUCGGGGAUUGUCAGCCAAGAGUAUGAGGAGCAAAGUGGAGAGGCGGAUGCGAAAGGAAUCGGGCAAAACCUUGAGAGAGAUUCGGCGGGCUAAGAAGUUGAGGAAGAAAUUGAUGACUGACGAGGAACGCCUUAUUUACAAUCUCAGAAGAGCAAAGAAAAAGGUGGCAUUGCUUCUGCAGAAGCUGAAAAAAUAUGAGCUUCCUGAGCUACCACCUCCAUGCCAUGACCCUGAGCUAUUAACUCCCGAGCAACUGCAGGCAUAUAAGAAGAUUGGCUACAGAAAUAGAAAUUAUGUUCCUGUUGGAGUUCGUGGAGUCUUUGGUGGAGUUGUACAAAAUAUGCACCUCCAUUGGAAGUUUCAUGAGACCGUACAGGUUUGUUGCGAUAACUUCCCCAAGGAAAGGAUUAAGGAAAUGGCUAGCAUGCUGGCAAGACUGAGUGGGGGAAUUGUGGUUAACGUGCAUAAUGUGAAAACAAUCAUAAUGUUUCGUGGCAGAAACUAUCGGCAACCAAAGAAUUUGAUACCUAUCAACACUCUUACAAAGAGGAAGGCAUUGUUCAAAGCCAGAUUUGAACAAGCACUAGAAUCUCAGAAACUAAACAUUAAGAAAAUCGAGCAGGAGCUCCGCCGGAAGGGAGUAAAUCCUGAUGAUCCUGUUGCAAUGGCUAGUAUCCAAAGAGUAGCUUCAACAUUCUUCAAUGCAAUUGACAAGAAAGAAGGAAGCCCCUACGUCUUCCAGAGGGACAAAAAGACAGAGAUGGUGUCUAUUAGCGAUCUGCAACAAUCACAAUCUGCUGAAGACAGUGACCAGGAGGAGCUUGACAGAUUCAUAGCUGAGAUAGAGGAUGCAGCUGAUAAAGAAUGGGCUGCUGAGGAAGCUGCAGAGAAAGAAGAGUUUGGAAAAAUCAGAUACUGGAACAAGGAAGAUUCAGGUGAUAGAUUCAGAAGAUCUGAAAAGAUUGGAGGUGAUGAAUCUGAUGAUAAUAUCAGAGGAAGGACACAGAACUGGAGUAGUGCGCGUGGCAGGGAAAGAAUCACUGCUUCUGAUGAUGACGAUGGAGAUAUGUCUGAGGAUGAUGGUGGAUGGGAUUCCAAUGAUAGUCAGGAUGUAAGUAAUGAUGAGACUGAUUGUAGUGACUCUGGUGAAGCUCGUGACCGAUUUUCUGGGCACAAAGUAGCAAGAAGGCAACAAGAUAAGAUUCUUAGAAGCAGUAAAAGCACAAGCUUCAGCAGAAAUGAGAAAUCUAAGUUACGUGUAGAAAAGGUUGUCAAAGAUUCCAUUUCAGAUGGUAUGUUGAGUGAUCUGGAAGAUGUCAUGUACGAAUCAGAUGAUAGGGAAAGGCAGAAUGUGAUGAAAUCUAGAGCUCCUGGUUACAAUUACCAGAGCAGUACCGAUGAGGAUGACUAUGAUCAUACGAGGACAGGUAAUAAAGAUGGUAUUGGUAGGAUAAAGAGUCCUCCAAAUGAUGCUGACAGUUCUGCAGCAAUUCACCUGGAUUUUGGGGUAUCAAGGGCAGGGAGUAUGAAGGACAAUAAAGCCUUGAGAGGCAAUUCUGGGGGAGAUUGGGGAAGACCUAAUGCUGCGAUUUCUCAUAUGUUUAGUGAGUCAGAUGCUGAAGAAAACCUUGUCCCAGGAACAUCGGAGAAUUGUAAGGAUUACAUUUACAAUGAGGAAAAUUAUGAGCUGAAGAAGGAUAACCGGAAGAAUAAUGGGCAUGGCAGAAAUAUCAAAAACUUUAAAGAGUUAGAUGAAACUUGGGAUAGUGAUUAGUUAAGUUAGGAUGCAACUUGAUUGUAACAUGUUAAGAGUAACCAACCAAUACUGGAGAUGCACCUCUGGGGCAAGAGCAGGUAAUAGGGUAAAUAUGACAGCUAGAUCACUCCAUGGAUGUUAAUUGUAAAGCAAACAGAAAGACUGGAGCAAAAUAUUUCAGAGGGUUCUUGUCCUGUGAGAGCAACUGGAAGUUCUCUCUAGUUUUUGUUGAGAUGGGCUAAAACGAACCAAACAUGCUAGCCUAUAGACUAUUUAAGAAUGUACGCUGUGCGCAAUGGUGUUCAAUUAUUUGGUAGGAUGGUCAGUGUCCAAUCUUUUCCAAUUGUUCAGCAGCCUGUUUGUGUUUCUUGGGUUGCGGACAUAUUUGCUACUACGGAUGUUUUGAGGAGUACUUGGUUCUGUUUAUGCGGACCAGGUUCUGUCUAUACAGAUAACUGGACUUGCUCUGAAACCUUGAUGCAUUUUCAAGGGCUUGCAGUUGGAAACCACAAUCUGAACUACUCAAAAGACAAACUGGAGGUGUGAUAUCUGCUUGGCAUUGUUUUCCCUGGCAUGCAAAAUUGGAGUUGGAGGGUAUUUUUCUGGGAAACAUGGCAUGGACAGUGUCCCAUUCGAGCAAUAAUAAAUGUUGACACGGUGAAUUUUCUGUCAGUUUCAGCAUCCACUCCAGCCUACUGUAUUAUCUACUUUGAGAAAACAAUGCUUUAUUGCCUGUCAUGUUGUCGCUCUUUCGUCUAUCCUAUAUGAAAACAUUGUGAUUCGAGUUUUGA